CCUUUGAGAAAUGUGUACAAGAUAUACUAGGCGAGAAUUCGACUAGAGCUGAAGAACAGGUCUUUAGCAUAACAAGAUUCAACGGUACUAAGAUUCUAGAUAUGAACUAUUUAUGGACUGUAAAUGCCAAUGAUGAUAACAUAUCGGAUGAGCAGUUGAAGGAAUUAGCUAGAUGUCUUGAAAGCUAUGCGAAUGGUAUAGAUGUAAACACUGCUACAAAUGAAGCUGAUUGUCGUCUUGUCGAUAUGGUAAUGGAACACAACGAUAAUAACAAUAUCAGAUACAAAGCUUUGUAUAGAAGAGACUAUGGCAUGGAACUAUACGGACACAGUGAUACAAAAUGCAAGGCCAACGAGAUAUGGAGCGAUAUUGUUAAUACUGACGGACUGUGUCACAAUACCAAUAAUGCUCAAAGUGCUAUAGGCAAAUCAGCGAGUUUUACUUCAUUUGGACCAGAUGGUGCAACAGUGCAAACAUGGAAUCACCAUGAUUGUAGGAAAGGUACUGCAGUCAACACGAGAUUAAGACAAAGUAAGUCAGUUGGUUACAUUUAG